AUGUCAUCUUCCAUCUUCCCCUCCACUGGCUAUCGUGUCUCCUUUAAUGGAUACCUCGAUGACAUUUUUUCCGAUUUCCCACCUCAAAAUCCUCUCCUUUUCUCCUCUGGUUCUGACAACUCCACCCAGAAAACCAAUGGCUCAAGUUCAGGCUCCGAUGAUUGUGGAACGAAUCAGUGGGCAGUUAAGAUGAUAGAUGAACGUAGGAGGAAACGAAUGAUCUCAAACCGAGAGUCAGCCAAACGAUCCCGCGUGAGAAAACAAAAGCACUUGGAAAAUCUAAAGAACCAGGUAACCCGAUACACGACGGGUAACCAGGAACUUAAAAACAGGUUAAGAUUUGUGAACCAUAAUGGACAACUACUCAAGCGAGAAAACGACAGACUCCGGUCAGCGUCUUUGAUGCUCCAACAAACACUCUCAAAUUUACAUCAAUUACUUCUUGUUGCGGAUCUCCACUACCAAUUAUUAUAG